CGGGCUUCUUGUUUCAAAAGCCCAAAGAAAAAGGAGGGCCCGAAACCAACAAUGAGGCCCAAGCUGGCAGUGUGGAUAGAACUGGAUAAGGGAAGAGAGCCUUCCUUGUCAGUCUGAUUCAUUCAUAAAGCGGGAACGAAGUGAGAAUCGUCGCCGGAGAAGAUAAUCGGAGUUAGUUGAGAAAGCAAAUGGCGGCUUGUUCGUUCACCAGCAACUUUCUGGGGUUCGGGCAGCUCAAGCUAACGGCAUUAGCCUCAGGGAAUCACCGCCCGAGCUCAUCAAUUGCUCCACCGAGCUUAGUCACAGUUCAAGCCAAAACCAGAACCAGACAAGACGACAGGACCGCCCGCCAUGCCCGAAUCAGAAAGAAGGUUGAAGGCACUACAGAGCGGCCGAGGCUUUCGGUCUACCGUUCGAACAAGCAUUUCUACGUCCAGGUGAUCGAUGACUCCAAGAUGCACACCCUCGCCGCGGCCUCCACAAUGCAGAAGCUGCUCGCGGAAGAGCUCAAUUUCAGCUCGGGGCCAACAAUUGAGGUAGCAAAGAAGGUGGGUGAAGCAAUAGCCAAGGCAUGCUUGGAGAAAGGGAUAACUAAAGUGGCAUUUGAUAGAGGGGGUUACCCAUACCAUGGACGAGUUAAAGCGCUUGCUGAUGCAGCUCGGGAGAACGGGCUCGAGUUCUGAAAUGGACUAGCUCAGAGGUAGAAACGUGUUGCUGUCUGUGUGCAUUUCCUGUAUUUGGUCAUUCAACACCAUGUCUGGAGUGGAAAGGGUGCGUUCUUUCUGGCUUUGCUGAUUUGCCUCUUUUGGGUCGUUACCAGGUGGGUGUUUCUGCCUGCAACGACGACCAGUGUCCACGUGCAGUCAAAGCCUCUCUUUAAUUUUUCUUUCUCUAUUUGCCUUCUGGUUUUGUUUACCUGACGAAGAAAAAGUUUGUACUUUUAUAGCCUUUGUGGUAUUGUCUCUAUAGCAACGACUCUUUAACAACGGCCGUCAGUACUGUCGUUGAAACAAGUCGAAACUUGAAAUGAGAGGCCCAAUAUAUAUCUAACACACCAACAGAGCAGGACUCAAGGCCCACAACAUUCUGGUUCAUUGCGCACAGUCGCAUGCACAAGAGGAUGAAGCUUGAUCCGCAAGCAUGCGUAUACAAUAAUGCACGAACAGUUGGAAUUUCAUUUUCUAUACAUCAGUCUCUCGAUUGGAUAUUCACGUACGGGGCUUCAAUACUUGUUGCAGUCUCUUCGUAGACUUUCGUGAUGAAUCGAUUGGUGUUGUUGUAAGUCGGGUUUCUGAUUUGAUCGUCGAGUUUUACUCGCGCUCCCAGCUGCUGCAGUGAAUGUCACCUUGAGCGGUACCAACUGUGAUGCAAUUUGCAGAGCUACCCUUCAAGCAAGUUCCUGUCUAUGCAACAAUGUGGUGUUGAUUUCACAAGCAUCUAAACAAUGGCAUUGGAAAUUCUUUUCCAGUCGACAACAAGGAGGAAAAAGAAUUUAAAAGGUGGGCGUGGGCCUGUAGAGAGUGACACAUAUUCAUUUUUGGAUAUGCAAUCUAUUGAAUAGAGUGACGAGACACCAAGUAUUGACUUAACAGUUUGCUCAUUUGUCAGUAGCGUUGUUGUUUUGCUAUAGAAAGCGAGUCAUGAACUUGCAGUAGGCCAACCCCUGCAGCUGCCCUGCCACUCAUGGUUUCUUCCCAAUCCACACAUUUGUCUUUCCACCUAUCCAAUCUGGUAUUGUGGGCUGAAGGAAAAUUAGGUAUAACACUGCAUUCAUAGCUUUAAGACGGAGCUUUCAAGCAAUAACAAUGCAUCAGUUAGCUUAGCUAGAUGAUGAGGAAAUCUAACGGACACACACAUGAACCAUAUUGGUGAAAUGGAAAAUGCAAUAAGGAUUUGUUGUGUACCUUCACUAUGCUUUAGAGAGCAUGUUUGGCAGCAUGGAGGGUAUGAAGGGGGGAGAGUGAAGAUGUGGGGGAAUUGGAGGCCUGCAUGGCUCCCGUAAUGCCAACUAGGAAGGUUGCCAAACGCUCUUGGAAAGCUCCCUAGAUGGCAUGCAGGGAGCCAGGCAGAAACACGCAUUUUCGCUUUCAUUCCCCCCUUCACAAAAUCUCAUCCCCGCCAUGGAAAUUAUCUUUCUUUUUUGUGCAUUUUGUGUAAUAAACAAGAGUUGACACGAGGAAAUAACGUAGCAUUACUCUAUCCUGCCCACCACAAGCUUGAACUUUGGAGAACCCAUUUGCCACCAUCCACCCUGCACAACCGACACAAGCUAACAGAAAGGAAUCGAACAUCCCUCGAUCCAUCUCACUGUAACUUCGAACUUUGAACUCGGCAUCAGAGAAGAAGAAAGAAAGUAAGAAGGUGAAGGAGAAGGAGAAUGGGGGCUUGCAUCUGUUGAGUUCAGAAGUCCAUGUAGGGUUGAAAGACAAGUAUG